CAUAAACAUUUGAGUCGCUCACUUUUGGACACUUUUUUUACCACUUUUUACCGCCUGUUGUUGUUUUCAGUCAUCCUUUCCCCUUUUUUGCCUCUUUCUUCUUCUUUCCAUUCACUUCACUUGCUUUGUCAUUUCACUCUACUUCCACUCUUCUCAUUUAUGAAUUGCAGGAGCUCUUUGAAUUCUCAAUUGGAACUGACAUCUCAAAACACAUUUACGGCCGGCUCUCAUUCAUAUAAAUAGCUAUAGAGUCUUAGUGCUUUCAUUCUGGUCGCGUUCACUUUUUGUGUUGAAUCCACCUUGCUACGUCCCCUUUGUUGCUUUCAUUCAUUCCCUCCAGUAAUCUUCGCUCCAGUGCACAGACAGGUACACACAUUUACACAUAUAGACAAUGUCCACAGUGCGCCACAAAGAGGAGUCAUCGCUCCAAUACCAAGAUACCACAACCACCUCCACCUCUACAAAUUUAUCACUGUCUCCUAUACAUAAACAUCAACCCGAUUACUCGUUAGACCAAAGCAACAUCGAAGACGACUUCGGAAACGACUCUUUGCAGGCAGAUAGCUCAAGCAUGUCUCAGCAAGAUGCAGAGGCGACAUCACCUCUCACACCUACCACGACUUGUUCUUUGUCCUCCUCGGCUUCAUUAUCUUCGGCUUCUUCUUUAUCAAACUACAGACGCGCUGCAUCGAGAUUGAGUACUUCGACUGCCAUGUCACUGUUUAAUCAUACAACAACAGGAGAAGGUGGCGAUCGAGCUUUUGGAUAUCCUUAUCACCACUAUCGAACGUCAUUCAUUUCUAGGAGACAUCAGCAGGCUCGCACUCUCUCCGAAGAGCUAUCGACGGCUGUAAGACAAGAUCCCGAAGACAACUACUCUUCCCCCAGUACUCCCUCAGGCCUUUUACCUAAUCCCGCUGACCUGUCCACGCUUUCCUCUUCUCCUACUUUGUCAUCAUCAUCAUUGUCAUCAUCAACAACAACACUCGUAUCGUCUACCUCUGAACACUUUCCACUGUUCAAGCCGUCCAGGUCUUCUAGUCAGCAGAAUGGAUACAUCUCACCUGACCAGAAACCAAAACCAUCCCCUCUGGCCUUGCACAAUAACUAUAAGUCGCAAGGCCAAGGGCACAUAGUAGCAACAGGACGUGGAAGCCCCACAUUUUCUCCUCGUCCUGGUAGCCCCACCUCCGCAGUCUCGCACGACUGCAUUACAGCCACAGACAUCGCGGGAUCUCCGCGCACAGCCUCUGCUGCCGUAGCUGCCAAUUUAAGUGUUUCAUCCUCAACUCGAUCGAGCUUUUAUCUUAGUCGUGGUUCUCUGUCGUCUUCCUCUGUCUCGUCUUCCGGCUCGUCCUCGCCACGUAGCUCGAUAGCUCCAUGCUCGGCGUUAUGCCUUCAAUCCAGUGAUAAGCGCUAUUCCUAUAAUGGUUACCAACAGAUUCUGAAUGAGAAUCAUCAUUCAACUUGCCAGUACUAUAACGAUAUACAACGAACCAUGUCUCCAUCUCCACGACUACAGGUCGAGACACGCAAAUCUAAAUCUGGGCGUGCAACCAAAGCUGGUAAGAAGCACGGAGCUGCCAAGACCUUGGAAGAAGAAGACCCAAUGAAUAAAUUAACUUUACAACUUGAAUCAACUCCACUGGAUAGUCCCAGCUCUCGUCCAUCGCGUCCCCUAUCUUUCUCCGGCUCAGUCCAUAGUUCUAGCAGGCCUUCGCCAAGGAUAACUGGUUACUAUAAGGCUAAAACUGCGCGUCCCUAUCGAUCGUCUCGUCAAUCAUACUGUGGUUCAGGAGGAUUAUCUUCUCUUUAUAACAUGGGACAUCCACGGAGCCCAUCGAUGCCUGGACAGCUUGAUGCUGAUAGCACAGACGCGGCAUUCUUGAGAAUGGAAGCACAGCUGAAUAACUUAAUUGCCGAAGGCAAACGAGCACUAGGUAGUCAAAUCGAGGUUUGGGAUGAGGAAUAGUCCGACUAUCAUCAUUAUGCUAGUCAUAUAGUUUUUUUUGUUUGCUCUUGAUACCUCUUUCUUUGUCCCUUAAUAGAAACAUCGCGGAUGAAAUUAUAUACUGCAUUAGAGUGCAUAGCAUUGUCAUCGAC